UCCAUCCCCGCUCAGCCCAAGAAAAACCCCAUUCGCCGGCCACGGCGACAAGAUCCCGUUAUUUAUACGCACCGCUCGCUCGCUCUUCACCAGAUGCCACAUACAUACAAGCAUCCAUCACCGAUCGCAUGAGCAUUUCACAAGCAACUCGACCAGAUCGAUCGCACACCAAGGAGUAGCAAUGCCUUGCUUGGCGCACCACCACCACCACCCCAGGCUCCCGGCCGCUAACCACUGCAAGUCCCUCUCCUGCCUCAUCAGGGAGACCUACGCGCACUGCCAUGUCCCCUGCAUCAGGAUCCCCGGCGCCGGGUGGAGCUCCGACGACGACGACGACGACGACGCGCUCGACACGAAGCAGGUGAUACUCAACGAGAUUAGGAACCGGCAGCUGAGGAAGGAGUCGAGGUGCAGCGUGGACUCGCCGGCUCUGUCCAGCGCCUUCAUCUGGUUCUUCACCCCGCUCGACCCGAGGAGCGUUCUGGAGAAGGUGUCGAGCCCUGAGAAGCACGUCCUGGUGGGGGAGGAGAAGGAAGGGGCAGAGGCGGAGGCGGGCAGCGACGCCGGCGACGUGGAGAGCGAGGCCUUCUUCUCGGUGAAGAGCUUCUUCACGCGCAGCACGAGCAGGGCGGCGACCGUGGCGUCGUUGACGGACAUGGACCCGCCGGCGACGUGGGACGGCUUCAGGAACUGCGAGGGGUGGCCGUUCGGGCUGUGCCGUCGCCCCGCCGUGCCGCCGCUGCCCAGCACGCCGGCCGACUCGUGGAAAUGGCGCAAGCAGAGCAGCGGCCGCAACCUGGCCGCGAGUCCGCGUCCUGCGUACAGUCACAACAAGAUCACAACGAGUUAAGCGGCGGCGCCGCCAUUAACAAGCAACAAGUUUAUAAUUGAGCCGCCCGUUCGUUAGCAGACACACCGACCUGCUUAGCUAAGACUGGGGUAUUUUCUAUGUGCUCGUCGGUAUUUGGUUUAACCUUGCACCUAAUACCGGGAAGCACAUGAAAAUCACACCUAAUAAUCUAUAUACAGGGGUACGAGAUGUGUGACGAAUAUCUAUUUCAGGUGUCUUUGGCCUCCUCCUUGAUUUGA